AUGUCCAAUGAGCUGAUUGAUCGACACAACAGGCAGGAGGACAUAAAAAAUGGACUUGAAUUUAUUCAGUCUUCAUUACCUUUUUUUGGCAGUCAAAAAGAAUAUGAGGUUUUUGUGCAAAAGCUGGUCAGAAACCUUUACAAUGAGGGAAAUGAUCUGUACAAAGAAGGACACAAGAAUGAGUCUAUCAACCAAUACUCAGAAGCGCUUAACCUUGCUAAAUAUGCCACAUCUGAGGAGAUUGUGAUCACUAGUGAGACACUGGAGAGGUUGCAUGUGAACCGUGCUGCAUGUUACCUGGCCAUGGGUUUACAUGAGGAUGCUUUAAGAGAUUGUGAGGAUGCUUUGCGUAUAAAUGACAAAAAUCUCAGAACUCUGUACUGCAAAUCUAAAGCCCUCUUUAUAUUGGAGAAAUACAAAAGAGGCUUAUGAGGCUGUGGCCAAGUGCUCCCUUAUUGCUCCAAAGGAUGAAAGUGUUGUAAAGUUAACCCAAGAACUAGCUAUGAAACUUGGACUGAAAAUCAGAAAAGCAUAUAUCAGGGCUCAGCCUGGUUCACAAGGAACAGAUAUGGAUGCGACUGAGGAGAAGACAGAUUAUGUUGCAGAUGAACUAGAACCUGAUUUACCUGAAGUGGAUGACUGUAAAUCCCCUCCUCCACCCUUCUCUUCGCAUAGUAUUAAAACUGAAUUAUUAAGAGAACAAUCUCCCACUCCAGUGUCAUCUCUCUCCCCUAAUGUGCUCCCUGCAGCUGUACCCGAAGUAGGACUUUUCCCUUCAGCCCUUUCCAGCAGUGAAACGUCUGCUCUGUUUCCAGUGUCAAAUUUACGUGAUGAAAUUAUUGGUGAUGAACUGGAUCUCAUCCUUGAUUCUGUC